CUUGAUCUUACCAACCUCAAAUCAUAUUCUCCACAUUGGCCCAAUACGCUCAGACUCAGUCUGGCAAUUGCAGUUCAAUAUGCUUGUCAACGUUGUGCUGAGAGAGCGGUUGCAACCCAUAAACUACUGUAUCCUGAUGAUGAAGUAGCUCCAAUCGGAUCUGUUAUGCGAACAUACAAGGGCGAGCAAGCAUGGAGAGAAUAUACAAAUAAAUUCUUGAUGGCUACUUGUCAACAUUUAGGCAUCGCAAUCGAGAUGCUACCACCGGGCAAACCAACGUUGGAGGAUAUCCUAUCUGUCAGCAGAGGUAGACCCACAGAUCCAGAUCAUGCAGCCAUGCAAACAGAGUUCGAAUUGGGUACAAGUUACUCCAACCCUUACCGAGAAGGUACAGGAGAAAGAGAAGAGGAGGUAAAAGAAGAGGAGAACGUAGAAAAGACAGAAAGCAGGGGUUUAGGAGCAGAAGAAAUGAAGGAUCAAUUGGCAGACAAGAAAAGUGCUACUCAUGUAGAGCCAGAAGCGGCUCACAUUGAACGCCAAGGAGGAAUCCUUGACGAAGACGAAACGAAAGAACUUGAAGUGAUUAAUGAACUCUUGCUCAUUGCUUUGGGAAUGGGUCAACAUCGUGGUGAAGAUGGCAGUACGACUUUGUUUGAACAAGAGGCAAUCUUUGGUGAUACAUCUGUCGAACUAUCGUAUGAUUCAAACAAGGAAAGUGUGCCCGAAGAGCCUGUUCCCGAGAAAGAAGAAGGCGAUCAACAAUUCAUGAACGAUCUUAGCAAGAAAACCCGAGAUUUCUUCCGAUCAAGUGUAACAUCCCUCGGCAAGGCGGGAAAAAUUGCAAGAAGUCGAAUGGAAGGCAAGCCCAAGGGACCGGUAAAACCGAAUGAGAUUUGCCAUUACGAUGCCCGUGCCCGUGCGAUCAUCUUUGUCGCCGUGACUGCAAUGGACGUCAAAGGUGCAAGGGUUUAUCAAGCGGAAAAAGUGCUUGCUCAAUCAAUCUACUUUAUCAUGACAGAAGGUAGGAAUGUUGCUAAAUCAGAAGGUAAAGGCGAUCCUUUAGAAGAUACAAAGAGAAACACUUGGAUGAAUAACGCAACCCAUGAAGCCGUAGAAAAGGAAAAGGCUAAAAUUGAUUGGACAAAAUGGGCAGCAAUGGGUGCUGGAGCAGCCGUUGGAGGUGCAUUGAUUGGUGUCACGGGAGGAUUGGCAGCUCCACUCAUUGCGCCUGCUCUAGUCGGAUUGACAGGUAUUUCAUUCUUGGCUACAGCAGGAGGUGUUGCAAUGAUGGCAACUUUGCUUGGUGUUGGAGGUGCUGGAUUGGCUGGUUAUCGUGUGAAAAGAAGAUUACGUGGAAUUGAUAGUUUCGAAUUCACUGAAGUUGAUACAGCAGCAAAGGAGGCUGGAGUCACGAUUCCAUCCUUGCAUGCGACAAUCUGUUGUCCAGGAUUACAAUUGGAAGAUCAUAAACAAGGAGAAGCCUUUGAUCAAGUCUUUCAUCAAACGCCCGAUGACCGUGAUGCAUAUGUGAUCCAUACGGAAGAGGAAAAGAUGACCAAAGCUGGUGAAGGUUUAAAGGGAUACGUUUUGCAAGCCGUUCUUAAGAGCGGAGGACAAAGAGUGGGCCAAGAAGUAUUAAAGCAUACUGCUUUGGCCGGUAUUGCUGCUCUGACGAUCCCAUUGACCGUUUAUGCAGCAGCAAGUACUGCUUUAGAUGGCGUUUUCGUUCAAGCAAAAUCACGCUCUUAUCGUGCUGGCUUGAUCUUAGCCGAUGUGAUCCGUGAUGAAGUUCAAGGUCAUCGUCCUGUAACGUUAAUCGGAACUUCGUUGGGAUGUGUGACAAUUCUCACAGCUUUAGGAGAAUUGGCAAAUAAACCCGGCGAGACUGGACAUUUAGUCGAUUCAGUGUUUUUGAUCGGUGCACCUUUCUCACCUUCUCCGGCCGUUUUACGUAGAGCAAGAUCGGUCGUUAGCAGAAGAUUUGUCACUGCAUUUUCAAGUCGUGAUAUGGUUUGUGCUAUUGCUGCUUGGUUGGGUAGUGGAAUUUCGUUGGAAGAAGUUAAGAAUGGACAAAUGCCAAGAAUUGUUGGCUCAAGUGCAAUGUUGGGCGUACCGGGUGUAGAAAAUGUUGACGUGAGUGAUUUGGUGGGCUCUCACUUUGAUCUAUGUGAUGGGGAUACGCUUGAGAAGAUUUUCCAACGUUGU